UACACUUUCAGGUAUACUCUGAUGAUAUUGCAAUAUGCAGUUUAUUGAAAAAGCAAAUGACAUUUUUUUUUUUAUGUCAGCAGCACUCUGCUGUUUCCGUACUUAAAGCAACAUCUAAUUUUUGAGUUGUGCGUUUGCAGCAGUUGCUGUGGGUAGGGAGAGUCUGCUUAUUUAUUUGGUUGUUUUUUACUACAAUGUACUGUCAUGGCAACCGUACUGAGGGCGAAUGCAUCUGGAGGUAAUUUAUAUGUCAUAUUGGCUGUGGUAACAUUGGUUUGUACCAUUUAAACUUUUCCAACCACUUGGCAAAGGCAAAGUCAGCCAGAGGCAGUUCCUCUUUAGUAAGUAUCACCAGGAGGACACUGCACCUUUGCCCAGACACAGCACAGCCUGCUGCUGAGGGGAUGGUGCUGUGUAGCGUGUGGCACUUGGAGCUGUUCUGCUUUGCACCUAUGCAAACGUGAGGAAGUCGGCUGAAAGACUCAACCAUACAAUGCUUUAAAAGGGACUAAGUUGGGCUGCUGGCGUGGUUUCAGGCAUAGCACCGCCCGCCUCCACUGUUCAGCCUUGAUGGGUCCUUCUCCAGCUACUUGGGUGCGCACUAAUCCUCAACCAUAGCUUAGCUCGUCAAGCAUAGCUUUACUGUGAGUACUCCACUACACAGCUGCAGGGAGGAAAAGGCUAAAAAAAGAACCAUAUCCUUCCAGAAAUGGACUUUUUCCAUGUGAUCAGUGAGAAAUGCAGGUGUGUGGUUAUUAUACCAGGGUAUAUGGAAAACACUUAGAGAAAUGCUUUUGUAUCUAGGACCUCUACCUUGGCAAAACCAUGAGGAUAGUCAUUUUUGUUGAUAUGCUAGCACAUAGUAUUUUUCCUUCUUUCUUUCUUUUUCUUUUUUUUUUCUCCAGAAAACAGUAAAUUAAUUGAGGCUUUUUUCUUACUCUUGGCUCCUCUCAGGAUCUCACUUUGUUUAACAUAGGGGUUUCAUAAAGCACUGUUUUCAGUCUGUUCAGGAGCAUUAUUAGAGAAGCAUUAAUUACAGUUGGACAUGUUCUUAUAUCUUAUAAAGCCAUGCUUUUCUGUUUGGAAUUUGCUUUGGAGAUGGCCUGCACACACCCAACUGCUGUGUGCAAAUGCUUUCACAUCCUGUGUAGACAAGCCUAAACAAACUUUGCAUUUCUCAGCUGUACUCUAGUGGGAAGGAGAGAGUUUUUGAUACUACCAGGGAUAUGUUUGAGGAUCCAUGGGAGAUGCUGCUCCAGAAAGUGUUUCACAGUGCAGAGCAGCAGCUCCAAAGCUGGUUGUCUAACAAAGCUGCUUAACACAUAGCAAGCUAUCAUGGACCAGCUGGUGGAUGGGAUCUUGCCUUUGUGCAAGGCAGCGGCUGAAGGCAAAGCAGGAAGAAUGAAAGUCAUGCACAAGGUAAACCAGUUCAACUGUCCAUUCAGGAUGUACCAGUUUGCCUUAAAAAGUUGUAGUGCAAUGCUCUUCAGAAGAUAAUCCUGCCUAGCUGCCAUUCCAAACAGUGCUUAUUAGGAACACUUAAAAUUUGCCCUCUUGCUAUACCCCAUUCUUUUCAAUGCAAGUGCUUUAAAUACACUUAGGAGCUUUGGGUGAAAGUAUUUUUUGAGAUCGUAACUUGAAUCCCUCUCUUAAAUAAGCCAGAAGAGCUAUGAAACCUUGAAUUAAAAUUAGGCAAGGAUGAUUGGAAGUGUAAUAAAUUUAUCUAGCCUCAUCUUGCUGUUAGGGAAAAAAAUCUUAAACCUUUUGAUUGCAUGUGAUUGCACCCAUCAUUAUUUCACCGACAGGCUUCACGGCAGCCCUGUACUAAGAGGAGCUACCCCCCUUUGCUUUACAGAUGACAAACAGAACAACGCAGUGUCUGCUCAGAAACUGGCCACCAAGGCACAUAUUAGCUGACUCAAAGCCUUAUCUCAAAAUGCAGUAGACUAAGGAGCAUCAUGAUUUCCCAGUCAGAGCUUCAAAUAGCUAACAUGCAUGUCUAGCUGUCUUUUGUAUUGGACAGGCUCUUUUGGGAAUAGCUCAGAAGUUUCCAGUAGCCCGAUGUUCUGAACAACUAGUGAAACAAAUGGUACCUUGCUGACACUAUUUCUUCAGCUAAAUUAGCACAGUAACAAUCUACAGUAUCUAAUUGUAGAUAAUUUUCUGUUCAUCUGUCUAGGUACUUCUGACCCUUUUACUGUAAUUCCUGAGCUCUCAGAACAUUGAUCAGAGAUUUUCAAUAAUUUAAAUCUAAGGGUCGGCUCUUUAGCUUGUAUAAAUCGAUGCAUUUUCUUUGGCUUCAGAGCUGAUCAGAACGGAGUUGUGUUAGUUUUUAUGCUGGAGAAAGUGAUCUUAAACAACUUACUAAAGCACUUCACUGCACCUCAGCCCAUCAAGUUAUCUGAUAAUGUAUGCAGGAUAAGAAUUUGCACAGGUAACAGUGAAAUGAUGGUAAGGCCUUGUAAGACUGAGUAUUUGGAGAAAGUAUGGAGGAAGAGAUAAACACAAACAUUUCUGGAUGCUACUCAGCCCUAUGCAAUUCAGCAUACAGGACCUUAAACAACAACAAAACCCACCGCACUAAAUCUGGUCCUAAAGACUGACUUGGAAGAGGGGAGUCACCGCCCCGCUUAGCGACCUAGAUUGGAAGGUGGUCACACAAAAGGAAUACAAGCUCAACUGACAAAAAAAAAAUCAGCUCAGCUUUAAUAUACUUUUGGCUUAGAAGUUUUUGAUUGCUACUUAUGACAAAGAAAUUACAGAAGUAAAUGUAAAAGGGAAUGAGUGGAGACUUUUAUCUGGUAGCACAUGGUUUAGGAAGAGGCAUAGAUGUUUCUUUGCCAGGACUGUGGAUUUCAUGAGUGUGUCCUAAUUGCAAGUUAAGCAAAAGCCAUAAUAUUUUCUUUUCUAGAAAACACUAAAUCUUUUCUCAAUGCUUGCCUGGCUCCACAGAGAAGUGAUUGAGUGAGAAACUAGAAACUUAUGGGGAGAUGCCAGCUUUUGUUAGAGGAGGUUAAAGGUUUCCUAGAGUACAAAGAGGCUUUUCUUGCCUGGACAGUCCUUUCAUGGUAUACAUCAGCAUAACUAACAGCCUGGCAAAGCUCAGAAGUGGUCAGGAGAUAUUUAGUGAAACUUGAAAAGAAAGUUUUUCAAACAUUCAUCAGCUUCUGCCUACAAACAUCUGCAUGUCAACAUUUGUCGAUAGAAAUCUGCUAAGAAAAUUAGCGAGAUCUUUGCUUUCUUCUAAAGUAAUACAUAGAAUAAUUCACACAGCUCUCUAUAUAAGUACAGAACCCCAAGAUAGCCUUUCAAAAUAACGCCUUACUUUGUGCUGCAGAGAUUAAUAAUUACUCUCUUAUCCAUAGUGAGUUGAUGCAAUUUCAUUUGUUUUCUAUACACCCACACUGCUGUUUUCUUCUGAUCUACAUUUGUAGCUUAGCUGCUGUUCUUCUGAAAAAAAAACGUAUCCGAUAAUACCUUCCAAAAAAGAUGCCUAUACUGACUGGAACAGGCAGCCACAGUAACAAAGAAUGGAGACGUUGGCUAUUUACAAAUAGAGAACGAAAAGAACUUAACGUUCCAAACAUCCCAAGAGAAAUAACCUCAUCGUAAAGGUUUCAGCAGCAGCAGUUACAAUAAUGGAAUCAUCCCUGGGUCUGCACGAACCCCAUCAGCUACCUGGGAACCUCAGGGCUGCAUGGAUGUGAUGCACCAGGCUGCCACUGAUACCCAGAGAGAGUGUUUUUCACGGAGAGAAGGCAUUAAAGCAAUGGGCUGAACUUAUGGGAGGAACUAGCACCAAUUCAAGUGGUGAUUCAGGGGCCGUUUGGAAGGCGUGAAGGCCUAGUUUCAGCAAGGGCAUGGCCAAAGCUUUCUUCAGGCUACAGAAGUUUCUUCGGCGGACCCAAUUUCUGCUCUUUUUCCUGACAGCAGCUUACCUAAUGGCUGGCAGCCUUCUGCUGCUACAGCGGUCUCGCUUGGUUAUCCAGCAAGGUUUGCGUGGGACCUCUACUAAUCAGGCUCUGCCUGUUUCAGAUGUGAUGAUAGGAGUUGGAAUAGGGGUAGACACCAGGACUAUGCAAAACCCUCGCCCAAGUCCCAGGCUCCUGGUAGGCGUGGACGUGCUCCAGGACUCAGCUUUGGACCAGAGGCACAGCCCACGGUGGCUCAUAUCCCGCAACUCAGAGCUAAGGCAGUUGCGGAGAAGGUGGUUACACAGGUUCAUGAACGAACAGGAACCCAUGCAAAUGAAAGGAUCUAAAGUGAUGGAGCAUACUGCUGAAAACAAAGGAACCUACAUUGGAUGCUUCAGUGACGAUUCCAGGGAGAGGACAUUGAAGGGAGCUGUGUUUUAUGACUUAAGAAAAAUGACAGUAUCUCACUGUCAGGAAGCUUGUGCUGAGAGAGCGUACAGCUACGCCGGUUUGGAGCACGGAGCGGAGUGCUACUGCGGGAACCGGCUGCCGACCGCCGCCGCGAAGCCGGAGGAGUGCAACAGCGAGUGCAAGGGCGAGAAGGGCUCCGUCUGCGGAGGCGCGAACCGGCUCUCCGUCUACAGGGCGGAGGACCUGCGGGCCGGGGCAAAGCGACGGAGGAAUGUUAUCUAUCGAGGAUGUUUUAGAGCUCCAGAAAAUUUAACAGACACCUUUCCAGCCUCUUUGAUACAGCCCAAUUUGACGGUGGAGAUGUGCUCUGAAUUUUGCUCCAAGAAAGAGUUUCCCCUGGCAGUCGUCCGAGGGACGGAGUGCUACUGCGGCUACCCCACGAGGCGCUUCACGCUGCACGACGGGGCCGAGGGGCCGCGCUGCCGCCGGCUGCACAGCGCCAGCAGCCACUGCCUGGUCUACCAGACGCCGGUGCAAGACACCCGCUGCACAGAUAGGAAGUUCCUGACCACGAAAUCCAAAGUGUUCGUUGCCUUGUCUAGUUUUCCCGGGGCUGGGAAUACAUGGGCUCGGCAUUUAAUAGAACAUGCCACAGGAUACUACACGGGCAGCUAUUACUUCGAUGGAACCCUGUACAACAAAGGUUUUAAAGGGGAAAAAGACCACUGGAGAAGUAGAAGGACUAUCUGUGUGAAAACGCAUGAAAGUGGCAAGACAGAGAUCGAGAUGUUCGACUCUGCGAUCCUGCUGAUAAGGAACCCAUACAAGUCGCUGAUGGCCGAGUUCAACAGGAAAUACGCCGGGCACCUGGGGUAUGCGACGGACAGGAACUGGAAGAGCCAAGAAUGGCCCGAUUUUGUGAACAGCUACGCCUCGUGGUGGGCAUCCCACGUCCUGGACUGGCUGAAGUACGGAAAGCGCCUACUUGUCAUCCACUAUGAGGACCUGAAGCAGAGCCUCAUCCCCAAGCUGAGAGAGAUGGUGGAGUUUCUAAACAUGACGGUGACGGAGGACCGGCUGCUCUGCGUGGAAAACAACAGGGACGGGAAUUUCAAGCGGUCAGGCGCUAAGCAGAAGGAUUUUGAGCCAUUCACCCAGGAGAUGAAAGAUCUGAUCAACAGAUACAUCCUGACCGUGGACGAGGCCCUGAGGAGGAGGAACUUCACAGGGCUGCCCAGAGAGUACGUGCCGAGAUGAUGGCCCUGGGCGCUCGGCCGCGUUCGAGGAAUCAAGAGAGAAACAAGGGCAGGAUAAGGGACGAGAGCUUUGGAGCGGCGGGAGCCGAGGCGCCGGCGGCGCCGCGAGCCUGCGGCCGGGGACAGCGCGGGGGUCCUGCCCCCCGCCGCCCGGGCGGCAGCCCGCGUGGCGCCUCCGCGCUCAUAAACGCUUU